AUGGCCCACAAUGCGCCUGAAGUCCCGCGCCCCCUCGAUGAACAGCUCGGAGUGCCCCUAGUCGGCGACUCGGCAGAGGGCAGCGAGCGCGACGCGCUCGACGGGGCCGACGGCGUCAGCCGCGCGGCCGAGGACGGCCACGGGGCAGCUGAGUUCGGCAGCGGGGGUCGCAGCGGCAUGGCGCUCAGCGAAGCCCCCGAGAGCAUUCCAGCGGCCGGCGUCGAGGAGAUGUGCGCUAUCUGCCGCUGCGAGCUGCGCGAGGACCCCGAUGGCAACGACGCCCAGGACGUGCGGAUCGAGAUCUUGCAGUGCCUUCACAGGUUCCACACGGUCUGCAUCGAAGAGGUUGUGAGG